AUAAGAAAACUGAUUUGAAACGUUAGCUUAAUGCCGGCCAGUUUGGGGCAGUGGGUAAGGCGAUUACGUCCACACCAGUACUCAAUGCUUUUACCUCUGAAAUGUAACCUUAUUUUGUCAUAGCAUCAUCUUCUGCCCUCAUCUAAGAUUUUACAUUGUGCUACCCUCUAUGGAUUUCUAUUGUUUUCUUGGGUAUAGGACCAUAGCCCUACAAUUUGGGAUUAUUGACAUCCAACGUCCAGUAAUGUUCAGAUGUUAUUGUUCUACUUUCAUUCCGUAUCAAACAGUAUGUUGUGAAACAUAUUUCUUUAUAUAUGCGACACUAAUUAAAUUUAUUUCAUAAAGCAUGAUAAUGACCUUUUUUAAUUAGUUAAUCUUAAUUAGCAUAAGGGACAAAUGGUAUAGUAGUGUUGAUGGUGUGGGAUGUAAGUAGAGUUACAUGUUCCUCGUAAUCUUCUUCUUAUAUUGGCAUCAGAAAGACAGUCUCUGUCAUUUAAUGGUGUAACUUUUGUGUUCUCAAAUUUACUUGUGACUGGGUUUUCAAACCUUGGACGUCCACCACAGUCAUAGAGGAAACAUCAAAUGAGUGGGUAAACUUUGACUGCUGUAUAAAAUAGGGUCAACAGAGAUACCCUAUUUUCUUGAAAACCUGUUCAGGUAUAUCAUUUCAGUUAUUUUCACUGUAAUAAUAUAUGGAUGAACAGUUUCUUAUAAGUUGUUAAUGAGGUGAUGUCUUUUAGAACACCUGAUAUCACCUUCCGUUCCACCUGUGUAAAACUAUUCAUUGCUCACCAUUUAAAAAAUAAACUUUUAGGGAGUUUUCAAAUAUUUCACUUGACAUCCUGUUAAACUGUGAUGCAGGCAGUUAAAAUUAAUGAUUACCAGCAGCAACGUUUAACAAAGAGAGGAGUUGUAUGUUUAUCCUACUUGAAGUUGUCUGUCGUGUCUGUGGUUAGAUCUUUGAUGACCAACUUCCCUGACUUUACAAUUAAGCAGAAGAUAAGACGAAUGUUGGUUAGUGAAAUCUAGAAGUGAGACAACAAUGAUAUGUCAUAGAUUGGACACAGAUAGAAGAACAGAAAGACAGAACUAAGGGGAAACAGUUUUAUCAAGUGAUAAUUAAAUGAAAUAACCGUAACAUUGUUAGAUUAUGUAUGAUGUCUUAAUAGAUAGUGGAGAUUUAGGACGGUCAGUCAAUUUCGUUGUGGACGUAAAUACUGAAUUAUCACAUGGGGUCACUGUAGAGAGUAUAAAAAUCUUGACCAAACCCACAGUGUCACCAGUUGACCAUUAGUGAUAGAAAUGUCUAAAAAUAAAAGAAUAUAGUUUAUUUAUAAUAAAGAAAUACGAUUAAAUGUAAAACCUUGAAAUAUCGAAGACAGGCAAAUACCUAGAAACUGCAGUCCGUGCGUAUCACUUAGGUUGACGAGAGAGGGAUGACCUCCCUUUGCAAAUAUCAUAAGGGCACAGAAAGUGUGCCUAAAUCCAGCUGGAGACGAUGAUCUCCUGGGGCUACAAGCUACAGUAACAAUAUGGUUAGCCAUAUUGAGAUGGCUAGUAUACUUUACCUUGAAAUAUCUCUUUCAGUGUCUCCAAAGUUUGAGGACAAAGGAGUUCAAUCAGAUGCACAGUUAUUAGGGGCUACAUCCAAGCAAGGUGGGAGUCCACAGCUGAAGGAAAAGGAUCUUCUGAGAGUGGCUAAGAGGUUAGGAAGAGAUUGGUGGCAAGUAGCAAUUUUUUUAGGAGUUGAUACAACUAAACUGAAAAUUGAUGAUGAGUCUAUUGACGCUGUAAAACAAGGCUACCUGAUGCUUUACGAAUGGUACAGGAAUUGCGACCCAGAAACACGGACACACGCAACAUUACGUGCAGCUCUUGAAGAAGCUGAAUGUGUCGCUGUGAUGGAAUGUCUGUCAUUAGACGCAAAGUGAAUUUCUGUGUAACUGUUGUUGUUUAGCCUCAGAUUAACCUUGACCAAACAGAGACUUAUGAUCAAACGCAUGCCAGCCAAGACCAUCAUACCUAUUUCCAAAGAGAACCCACAACCACAUUGUCCAAUAUGCCCUUCUGUACAGUGAUAUCGUGUGAAUUUAGCUGCUAAUUCUAGCAGGUAUAUCAGCCACAUAGUGAUCCAUUCACUGGUUUGGCUCCUUUGUUAAAAAUUCACAUUUAAAAUAAAGACAAACUUUGAAAUGUUCA